AUGCCAGGUGUUACGGAAGGAGAACCUGUUUGCUUCCAAUAUUGCCUGCUGUCACUUGGGACUUUAUCCGCACUCUUCACCUGCAAUGUGGAGCUUCUGUUUGAGUUUUUGCUGGGUUUGAUUCUGGCGGUAGCUUCAUCAGCGCAGAACAACUGUACCUGUGCGACCAACAAGUGGACGGUAUGUGCCCAGGAUGCGUCUGGGAACUGCACCUGCACGCUGGUAGGUUCAAAUCAUGAGGUAGACUGUCCAACACUGACUUCAAAAUGCUUGCUCAUGAAGGCAGAAGAUCCCCUGAAGGAGAAGCGCUUCCGGGGCCGUCCCCAUGGGCUGUUAGAUAAUGAUGGCAUUUACAAUCCAGACUGCGAGGACAGUGGUAUCUUCAAAGCCAGGCAGUGCAAUCAAACCGAUACUUGCUGGUGUGUGAGCACUGCUCACACUGGUGUGAGCACACUGGUUAGAACAAGCUGGAUAUACAUUGAACUGAAGCACAAAAAAAGGUCCAGUGCUUUCAGUGUUCCCGAUGUAGCAAACGCCCUGAAACAUCUGUUCGAGAUCCGAUACAAACUGCACCCCAAGUACAUCGCAGCUGCUAAGUAUGAUUCCCCAUUUAUCCAAAUCCACCUGAACCAGAAUGACUUUGAGAAAUCUAGGUGUGAUGUAGAUAUAGCCGACGUAGCCUCUUACUUUGAAAAAGAUGACACUGUAUUUCAUUACAACAGUACGUUUACUGUCUCUGUCAACAGAGGUGCUCUGGAUAUUAAAAAAAAAUUAAGGAUUUACUAUGUUGAUGAAAAGCCACCAGAGUUUUGCAUGAGACAACUGGUUGCUGGCGUUAGCGCUGUGGUGACAGUGGUGAUACUGACUGCUGGCCUUGGCAUCGCUGUGCUCGUUAUUCUGAGGUGGCUGUGGACAAGAAAAUAUGAGAAAGUUGAGGUUAAAGAAGUGGGUGAAAUAAAAGCACCAAGCUUACAGGUGCCUUGA